CAUUCACACGUUCACUCUUCAUUCAUAUGUAUUCAUUACAGUCACAUGACUCACCCUGUGCUGCUGAGGAGGAGGAGUCAUGUCCACGAUUCAUGGAGGACAUUCAGACACACUGUGGACGUCGUGUGGACACUGUGACAUCUUGUUGUGGACACUGUGGACAGAAGGUUUUUGGGACAAUGAUGACAAGGACGAGGAUGAUAAAAGUGUGGGGUCUUCAUCAUCAUCAUCAUCAUCACCAGCUGCUCUGCUGAGAAACAUGGAGUUCAGUACAGGGCAAGGAGGAAGAAGGCAGAGCCUCCGUGAUUUUGUCCCUGUCGUCCUCCUGUUGUGGAUGAAUGUCACACACGCUCUGGACUGCGGCUCCGCAGACUGUGACCUGGUCCUGAAGGAGGCUCUGGGCCAGAUCUCGUCGCCCUGUUACCCCGACAAAUAUCCCAACUCUCAGUCGUGUCGCUGGGUUCUUCAGGCUCCGGCCGGCUUCGUCGUCCAGCUGUCCUUCCUGGACUUUGACCUGGAGGAGGCACCAGGCUGCAUCUACGACCACAUGUCGGUGAACACGGGCGACGCAGACGUGAAGUUCUGCGGCCCGACGGCCGAUGGGCUGACGCUGAACUCCACGGGGAACGUGAUGGAGAUCACGUUCUCCUCGGACUUCAGCGUGCAGAAGAGAGGCUUCAGUGUGAGCUUCAGACACGUUGCUGUAGCGUUAAGGAACCAGAAGGUCCAGAUAACUAGUGGUAAUGGCCAGGUCACCAUGGUCGCCAACUCUGUUACCAUGCCGACGCUCAGUCACUUCACCCUGUGCUUUGAGGUGCAACGCAACUCCCAGAAACAGAGGGAGUGGCUCUUCACGUACUUCGACCACAGCAGAAACAUCGUUCUCAGUCUGGGCUCCGCCCACUCCACUAUGUCCAUGAUCGUGGACGGAGUGUCCUGCUCCGUCACGUCCAUCUUGUCCUCCGCUGACUUCACCUCCUCCAUGAAGACGCUCUGUUUGACGUGGACGUCGUCUGACGGUGUGGUAACGCUUUACUUUGAGGGACAGUACCAGACCACGUCCUGUCCCGCAUCCAGAGGACACUCGAUCCCAGCUGGUGGACAGUUCCGGUUAGGAGGUCAACAUGCCUUGGACGGCUUCCUGUAUAACCUGCGGUUGUGGGACUACGCCAUGACGGAGCAGCAGCUGCGGGCGCUCACCUGCGACACGACAGGAAACGCCCUGGACUGGGACAACAGCCAGUGGACGGUCCCGCCCACUCUGGCCCAGACGGACGCCACGCUCAGCUGCAUCUGUUUCCCUCAUUGCAUUCAUUUAACUGCUGCUGCGCCAUCUGGUGGUGUGUCUCCGCCCGGCAGCACUCCGCUCACCACCAGCUGUGACUCACCUGGACUGGGCUGCCCAGUCCUCACCUCCACCACUAUCAUGCUACUAACCUCAACUAUUAGCAGCAAUGCUACCAGCACCAGCAGCCUCUCUCCCAACAGCUCCUCCUCUCCUGUCCAACAGACUUCCAGCAGCUCAGCAACUCUUUCAUCUGCUUCCACUAACAACGCAGAUACUAACCACAUGACGUCGGUGGAGACAGUGAAGCAGAAGAAGACCAAAGUCUCAACGGCUCCCCCUACUGCUGCAGUUCCUCAUCAGCUGCAGCAAACCACUGCUUCCUGGUUGGAGGCGUGGUCUUCUGGCUCAUCUGCUCACAUCAGGAGAUGGAGGCGUGUCUUUGGACCUGCGUCUCCUGCAGCUGCUUCCAGACGCCGUCAUCGCAGCUCUAAAACACAGCUGGGUUACAUCUCCACGCCUCUCAUCUGGCGUGGACGAAAGAGGCCAAUCAGAGAAUUGGCAUGA